AUGAUAGAUGCUGCAGCUGGGGGCACUUUGAAUAGCAAGACACCAAGGGUUGCACAAGAACUGUUUGAAGAAAUGGCAAUGAAUAACUAUCAGUGGAGCGCCACUCGAUCCAAAUCUGUAAAAUCUGCGGGGAUCCAUAGUCUUGAUGCAGUAACAUCCUUGGCAAUGCAAGUAGAAGCCUUAGGGAAGAAGAUUGAUGGUUUAUCUGUUAACCAUCAAGUUGCUUUGGUAAUGAGAUGUGAUAUUUGCGGAGGAGGCCACCCUAAUCAUGAGUGUCGAGCUACUCAGGAAGAACAUGCCAAUGUGAUAGGAAACAUACCACCUUACCAAAAUUAUAAUGGCAUGAAUAAUCCAGGCUGGAGGAACUAUGCAAACCAACCAUGGAACAACAACCAACAGCCAAUGCGGAACAACGCACUCACAGGAUUUCAACAAGCUUCACAUCCACCACCACCCCCAGCUGAAAAGAAGUCAAACCUUGAGGAGUUGAUGACCAAAUUCAUUCAAACUUUAGAAUCUCGGUUCCAAUCCACCGAAACAGCACUAAGAAAUCAACAAGCCUCUAUUCAUAAUUUAGAAAUUCAGUUGGAUCAAAUUUCUAGACUCCUCUCAGAAAGACCCCAAGGAAGCUUGCCUGGCAAUACUGAGACUAAUCCUAGGGAGCAGGUUAAUGCAGUAACAUUAAGGAGUGGCAGAACAUUACAAGAGAAGGGGAAGCAAGAAACAGAAAAAGAUGCAGUUGAAGGGGAGGAUAAGUGUCAAGUGGAGCCUGUGAAAAAGCCCCCUAUGCCUAAGUACACCAAAUUUCUGAAGGAUCUACUGUCCAACAAGAAGAAAUUGGAGGAGUUGGCCACAGUAACUCUGAAUGAAGAAUGCUCAGCAAUUCUGCAAAACAAGAUGCCCGAAAAAUUGAAGGAUCCAGGGAGUUUUACUCUUCCUUGUCUCAUUGGUAGAUUGAUAGUUGAUAGGGCUUUAGCUGAUUUAAGUGCUAGCAUUAAUUUGAUGCCAUAUUCUAUUUUUAAGAAAUUAGGUUUAAGGGAACCUAGGCCAACUAGGAUGAGUAUUCAACUAGCUGAUAGGUCAAUUAAAUAUCCUAGAUGUAUCAUUGAGGAUGUGCUUGUAAAAGUGGACAAAUUUAUUUUUCCUGUUGAUUUUGUGAUUCUUGAUAUGGACGAGGACAUUGAUGUCCCCUUGAUCUUAGGUCGUCCAUUUUUAGCUACUGCAGGGGCUAUAAUUGAUGUGAGGGAUGGAAAGUUAAUUUUGAGGGUUGGAGAUGAAAAAAUCACUUUCAAAAUUCCUGAUAUACAAUUUCUGGGACAUAUAGUAUCACGCGAAGGAAUCAUGGUUGACCCAACUAAGGUUGAAGCAGUGUCUCAAUGGUCAAGACUUACUACUCCAACAAAAUUGACGUGGAAAGGGAAGGACUUUGACUGGAAUGAGGAAUGUGAGGCAAGUUUCCAGAAGUUGAUGGAGAGAUUGACAUCAACACCUCUGUUGAUUCUGCCAGAUUUUGAACAAAAGUUUAAAGUAUACUAUGAUGCAUCAGGACAAGGUCUUAGAUGUGUUUUGAUGCAAGACGGGAGAGUAGUAGCGUAUGCAUCUAGGCAACUUUGA